AGAAAAAAAUAAGAAGGGAUCACAAAUGAACAUGAAAUACUAAUCAUAGCAGUCCAAAGAUUCAACUGCCCGCUGGCCAUGUAGUCGCCCAAUCGCUACCCAAUUUCCAUUUUUUUCCACGCGACAGAGCUCCGACCAAAUGGUCUCUUCUUUCUAUCUCUCUUUUCCGUUCUGCGCUCUGCAACGCCAAUUCGGAAAGACUCUUUGGUCACCCUCGCCUUUCCAAAAAAUCGAAGGCAACUCAUGGUAAAGGAAAAGGGACUCCAGAUAGGGCGUAGAUAUUCCAGCGAGGGUUCUCUUUCUUUAAUCUCUUUCAUGGGUGCUUCCGAUCGAUUCCGCCUUUUCUGGUUUUUCUGGCUUUCCUUGUGGAUGAUGGCGGCGGAGGGGCAACAGGGGCCCUCCACUAUUUGGAGUUUCAGCCGCCCGAAUAUAUGGCUGAGGCCUUAUGAUUGGGCUUACUUGAGAGUUGACGUGCCACUUUGGUUCUCUUCCGUAACAAUGAUUUUCACAUCAAGUGUUGAAAUUGAUAAGGAACAACUUAAGAAGGUUCAAAAGAGCAUGCUUCCAGUUAUAUGCUUCAAUGAAGGCCGUCUGCCUCUUCCAGAUGUUUCAGAUACUUAUUUAGAUUAUUUAUUGUCAAAUUUUAUCGCUAAUGGAACUUCUGAUGGCGCACAAUAUCUUCCCAAUUUGGAGCAGUGCAUUCCAUUUCAGAAGAACCUAACAAUUACUUUGACUAAAGACAAGGUGUCUCCAGGACAAUUUUAUGUUGGAUUUUUUAAUGGCCUUGGACCUGAACGUACUCAGUCAAAGAUGAUUAGCAGAGGCCAUUCAUACACGCUAAGUGCCAGCAUAAAUGUAGAAGGAUGUGCUUCUUCAACAAAAUGGGGUGAUUACUGCAACAGUACAAUUGAUUUGAUUUCUUGUUCUCAAUCUUCUAACUACAAGCACCCGAGGACUCUUUUAGAUGCCAAUUUUUACAUGAGCAGGAAUGAUUUGGACCUCAAGUAUGCUGGUGACAAUUUGGAAGCUAACAGUCAUGCGAUAUCUGUUCCAAACCCUGUUAAAAGGAAAAGAAUGGCUCUAAGUUCCAAUCUCUCUCUACCAGCGGAAGUUUUUGUCAGCUGUAACAAUUCUAUGAUGUCAUGUGUUGGCAAUGGAGAGCUAAAGUUCUUCUCUUUGGAUAUAGUAGCCCCAGUAACUCAGUUCAGCAUCAAUGCUGCAGAGUUAAUGUUUAAUCAAACAUCUAAAAGUUCAGCUGGUUUUGAUGGAAUUCUUGUUAUGUGUUAUGCUCGAUAUAAUGCGAUGCCACUUAGUACUUUACAUGAUCAUUCUGCAGAUAUAAGCAGGACCCCCUUAGUAGUUAAUUCACCAAAAAUUGGACAGUGGUUUGUUGCUCUGCAGGUUCAGAAUCAGAAAAGAAAAGAUGAAGAAAUGCAAGGAAACUUUUCUGAGGCCACACUGUGCUUUUCUUUGGAGUGGCAAUUGUAUCAGUGCGAUAAUGGAAAGACUGGACAGAACUGCACCUGGGAAUCACAUUUGCUUCAGAGAGUAAUUCGAAAAGGUGCAAGUAUUCCCCUUGAGUCUUUUUACCUUCCAGUGAGUGAAUAUGGAUCCUUGGAGGGUACUAAUUUUCAACUAGAUCAUCUUUUAAGCAACUCUUCUGUCGACAAUGUUGCGUGGACUUAUUUCUUCUUGGAUGUUCCUCACGGUGCUGCUGGAUCUAAUCUGCAUGUUCAAUUAGUAACAGACAAGGAUGCAGCCUAUGAAAUUUACACCAGAUAUGGUGGUGCUGUAUCCAUUGAUAAUUGGGAUUUUUCUGUAAAUAGCACAAGCAAUAGCAAUGGAUCAAUGCUUGUGACAUCUAAUGACUCAAAUAAAGGAAGAAUAGAAUUCUACCUUCUUUAUGUCAGGGAAGGAAUUUGGAGUAUUGGAGUACGGCACGCCACUGAUGUUGGUGAACACCAAAGUUCCAUGUCCAUUACACUCGAUGGUUGCCCCAAACAUUGCUCUUCCAAUGGACAAUGCCAUUAUUCUGUUGAUGAGAGUGGAUUGACAUUUUUCAGCUACUGCUCUUGUGACCGAAACCAUGGAGGUUAUGAUUGCAGCAAUGAGCUUGUCUCACCUCAAGGUGAAAUUAAUUCAUCACAUAAAGCAAACUUAUUUUUAAUAUAUGCAUGAUGACACUUUGUUUGUAGCUGUUUUUGGAGGGAGAAGGCAUUCGCCGAAUGGGUACUCUUCACUUCUAGUGGGAUUUCCAGUGGGCUAUAUCAUGCUUGUGAUGUGGGCAGCUGGUGUGCUCUCUCUUUUCAUGCACUUCAGUUUAUGGACUUUUGGCUUUCUUUCAUGGCUGUGGUGAGCACCUUUGUAUAUAUGGCCACUAUAGAUGAGGCUUCAAAAAGAGCCAUUCACACUGCAGUUGCCAUUGUCACUGCUCUCCUAGCAGUAACUGGCGCAACCAGAUCAGAGAAUGUUGUCAUUGUCAUAGCCAUUGGCACCCUUGGUCUUCUUGUGGGUUGGUUCCUUGAGUUUUCUGCUGCAUAUAGAUCCUUGUGGCCAAUCAGAUUUGACUUCAGCAUGCUUGCCCGUUGGCAAAGUAUAAAGAGAUGGUGCUGGAAUUUGAUUACCACACUGCUAAGAAGAUUCCGCUGGCCAUUCAUCUUUCUUGGUUUUUUGGGAUUGGUUCUUGCUGGAACAAGCUGGACAUUAGAAACCAACAGAAGCUACUGGUUUUGGCAUAGUUUCUGGCACAUCUCCAUAUACACAGCUUCAUUCUUCUUCCUGUGUUCGACUCGUCCGAAGAACAAUGACCGCCAAGAGCCCGAAUAUGAAUUAACUCGGCAGAACUCAUUAUCAAGAGAUUAGAUGAAGAAAAUCCAGCUCUUGAACUUCAAGCAGAAAAUCCACAGAUCUCAAAUUGCUUAUUAUCAUCAUAUAUAGCAAUGCACUGUUCAAUACAAAACUCUUCUGCCACAGAUUGAACUGAUUUGCCCAAAAGAUUUAUCAGUUUCCAGAUUUUAUGAAGCCGACCUCAUAUAGUCAGGAUGAAACCAUUCCUGUAAGAUUCUUCAGUUCUGCACUUUAUGUAGCUAUUGAGUGAUAAGUCAAGGCUAUCUCACUGUAACAUGGAAGUCCCAGAUAGCUGAGAAGAGCAGCUAGAAGAAGUUUUAGUUGCUAAUUUUUUAUAGGAAGUCGAACCAAUAAGAUGUAUAGCCUGAAUGAAGAGAAAAUGGGCUGCCAGAAAAUAAAAGUAACUGGAUGUUUUAUGUCAAUAACUUUCUGCAUGAACUAUUAGGUGCUUCUUUUGAGGCAGCUUUCUUUGUACUAGAAUGCUGGAAGCAGUAAGAAAAUCAACAGGUGUCUGAAUCACAAGCUAGGGUUCCUAGAUUGUAACACAGGCUUGUCUUAUAUAAUAUAAUUGAGCGAUAUGAGCUUAAUUUUCCCAAAAAA